UUGAAACCCUACGGUAUGAAUUUUUCUUACAAAGACAUCGUGUACAACAUAUACCUAGUGCCAUUUGUUGCUUCAAAGGUUUAAGAGGUUAUGCGACCGUCUCUUUCAAAAUUCAGCACUUUUCAAUUUGGUUUUGUUUCAACCCGUCACAUAGCAAAUCAAGGCCGUCUUCAGACGACUUCAUAGGGUCCAGGUGUUUGACAAAUGGUAGCUCGCUGUAGUUGGCUGCAUUUUUGAAUAUCAUUCAAUCGAACAUCUUUGGAGAUGGUUCUAGGUGGCGAUCUCGAGGAAGCUCUUUCGGUAUUUGGAGAAUUACGAAAAGGCCCCAAAGCCGAAUACUAUUUUAAAUGGUCUGCUCUCAGCUUCGGUUGCUGUUUAACAAUCCAUCACAUCAUCAGCCCCUGGAUAUUCACACGAUAUAAUAAGUUGUAUCGAAAUCUACCUCGGCCCCAUAGGAUGGAAUGGGAUUCACGCCUAGUCAUAUGUCUAAUGUAAUUACACAAUUGCAUAUGGCUAUUGUGUUUGUGUGCUUAGCUUUAUUUUUCACUUCAAACCUUAGAAAUAUGUACCUUAUUAGGUUUUAGAAGUGUUAUGAAACUCAUAAUUCUUCACGAAAACCCAAAUCACGCAAUACUAUUGCAGGUUAUAGACCCAUUCCCAUCCCUCUUGGCGAGUACAAAUGUAGUAUCGUCAAUACAUGCGACUAUUGUUAGCAUUCUGUGUGUUACAGCGCUAGUUACCAAUGCUGAUCUGUGGUAUAAUCCAGCUAUAAGCGUAGCUCAUUCUGGUCUUAUGGCACUAUCGAUUUCCAUUGGUUACUUUUUAUGUGAUGCUAUUUCUAUGCCAUUCUAUUGGCGAAAUAACCAGUUAAUCAUAUUUCUUCUGCAUCAUGCGGCCGCAUGUUUAGCAUUUUUCUAUGUUGUGCGAUAUCGAGCCUGCGUAUUUUUUGGUGUUUAUCGACUUACAACCGAGCUAUCUACACCUUUCGUCAACCAAAGGUGGUUCUAUCGUACUAUUGGUUACAAACCUGAUCGCCGAAGAGUCGCAUGCGUAACUUUGAUAUUUGCGAUUUUUUUUAUCAUAACACGUAAUCUAAUGAUUCUACCAUUUUGGUUUAUAGCCUAUAUAUCUUACGGAUCUGAUGUUCAACAAAUUUGUGCUAGAUCUUUUCCACUUAUUGUUCCUAUUUUCGUAUGUAGUUGCGGAUUACUUGAUUGUUUAAAUAUCCAUUGGGCUUUUCGUACUUGUCGUCUUGGCUAUAAAGCUGCUAAACUAUUAUGGACUGCAGAUUGGCAAAGUGAUAUUUGUAAAGCUCGAGCACAUUUACACAAACGUUUACGUAAUCUCCAACAACGUGUUGUCUUUAAAGCUAAAAAUGAUACGAGUUUAAAACCAACAUUGAUAGAAAACCAUCAUAGUAAUACUUCAUUGAGUGAACAAAUCAGCAGUGGACUAUCCUCAUCGAAUUAUUCUACUUCCGAUAGUGAACUGGAGUCAGUUUAUUCAGAUUUAGAUUUUAAAGUAACUCCUGAAAAUGAUAAAGAUUUGACUAUAUCUAAUUCUAUUUAUCCAAAUUCAUCACAAAAUCUCAUUGAUGAUGAUAUUAAAUUAGUUCAUCGAUCGUGAAAAAAUAAUAGGUUCUAAAUUCUUUAAUUUGAUUUUAUGUAUAAACUAUUUGUCAGUUUUACUGUUUUGCAAACAAGAUCCUGCCAGUUAUUGCAUCACAUAAAAAAAAGAAAGUAAAUUUCUUCAAUAAUUAUUCUGUAUAGUUCGUAUAGAUUAUUUUUAGAUCAACAUGGAAAGUAUCAUUUUUUGUUGUUAUGUAAAAAAAGAACUCAUUUUAUUCUUACUAUUUACCUUCAAAGUUGUUAUAAUUUAUAUUAUUUUUUUAAAGAAAAGAUAAGUUAAAUAUAGUCGAUCAUUUAAUACUAGUUCUUGUUAAAUAAUUAUCAUAACUUAAUUAUAUAUAAAUUGCUUUCUCGGCUUUUGUUUAUUUUUCCCUCAUGAGUAAAGAAAUCACAAAUGUAUUAAACGCUUUCCUUUCCCUUUUGAAGAAAAAAAAACAUCUCGUUAAAAAAAUAGUCUGCGUCAACCUCGAGUUUUAUAAAUAGAAAAUCAAGAAGUUGAACGCACUAACCACUUUCCUUUUGAUGGUUUUCUUAGUUUUGAGUGGUCGGUAAUUGAAUAAACCUUGAUACAUACGAAGAUUGAUUCAGCUUUUGUUCAUUCCUGUCACCUGUUGAGCAGAUGAUAUGUUCGUUUGCCCAUCAGAAAGGUAGUGUAUAGCAUAGAAGCCUUUUCUGUAUCGAUAUAGUCGUGAAAAAUUACCUAUGAAACAAGAAGAAAUGUGUUGUCUAUCUGUGCUUGACCGUAAAACACUUUAGAUCGCUUUUUGUAUAUGGUGGAGCUGCCGAGUAAGUAAUGAGAUUACUUAAUAGAAAUGAUAAACUAAUUGAUAACCUUGUGAAUCUUUAUUGAUUGGUUGGUUAAGGUUAAAUGUCUAACUGCGUUAUUUCAAUGUGCAGUGGUACCAAUAUAAACGUUGUUCACACGUAAAUGCGACAUUAAUCUGUAUGUUUAUUGAUCGUUAAAUUAAGCUGCAUCGAUAAAUACCUAGUUCCUUGUUCGAAUUCAUAAAACGAUCUCCAAACAUGGUUUGAUGUAGUAAAUGCAUUGACUGAAAAUCGUUCUUAUUUACAUAUAUUUGCUUAUUCUCUAUAUUUUCUCCAAUUUGAUUAUUAGUUUGUAAUUCUUAUUUUCCUGUUUGUUCGUUCAUUUCGAAAUAUAUUUCUGAUGUAACAAUUCAAGCAUCGACUAACAGAAUUCAUAAUGUCAUUGAGUGUACUCUGUUACUUCUAACGGUUCACAAAUCUUACACUCCUAUCACAAUCUUUAUGAGUUAUACAGUAUUUCGCUACUGAUCGACGAUUGUCUGGUUGUAAGGAAAAUAUUUACUAUAUGGUGUGAUUGUAGUUGAUAAAUUGGAAUUUGAGGAUUAUAAUUCCUAUCCAUUUAAAUGGUUCACCUUGAACACGAGGAUCCCUAGUUCUGUUUAGUGUGUGAGAGUGGUCGUCAAUUCCUGGCUGCCCACACUGUAGAAAGAUCUGAAAAUGAGACUCGUUUAUUAAUGGAUUUAGUGACUUGGGAACGUGACAGUAGGUGCCUUUACUCUUUGUCUUCCUUUAGAUCCCAAGUUUCAAAACCACCCAUGAGUCCUCUUGGUUCUAUCACUUCUCGAAUGGAUGCCUAACUUUUCCUAUUACCAUUAAUACUGUUGCUACUCUGAGGUUCGCCCUCACAAUGUCAUCUCUUUGUGUUCAUGGUCCGUCGCAACUUGAACCUAUGUCUACACGUACCAAGUUGUACAUUACGUUUGACUGACCAAGAUGGUUUACCUUCUUUUCAGGUAGUUGAAUGACGUUGUUGCGG